AUGACGUGGCGUGACGCUCAACUUUACUGCAGAACCAACUACAUAGACAUGGCCACGAUUACAGAGGACGCGGAGAACAAGGCCCUCGCAGACAUUAUUACUGAACACCGCGGUCUGGACGCCUGGAUCGGCUUGUCCAAGAACUUGUGGCUCUGGUCGGAUCAGACAAAAGUGUCGUGGUCUUCGGUCAGAUGGCAGACUGGACAGCCCGAUAACACUGACGGCCAGGAGGAGUGUGUGUGUGCCGGGACUGAAGGAGAGAUGGCGGACGUCUCCUGCUCGACUCCUCGGUUCUUCUACUGCAAAACCCCUGAGGUUAGGAAAAUGAAGCUUGUCAGAGUCGCAGUGAAAUCAGCUGGAUAUCUGAAAGAAUCUGCUGUGAUGGCGGCUGUCGAAACCAAGAUAAUGGAGCACAAACUAUUUACACUCCUCGUUUUAAUUGGUUGUUCCACCUCACCAGCCUAUCAGCAGCCUGAGAACGUCUACUACUUCGUGUCGGAAGCGAAAUCGUUCUCUGAAGCGAAGCUGUACUGUAAAGAGACCUACACAGACCUGGCAACUGUCACUAACACAGAUGAUCUGAGGACACUUCAGACCGAACGGGUCCCGUAUGAGGGCGCGUGGAUCGGGCUGAGGGAAACCAAGGCUCCUCUCUGGCACUGGGCUCUGGCUGACCCUCGCUUUUACAGAGACACUGAGACACAAUACAGAAACUGGGCAGCUCUCGAGCCCGACAGCGGUCUGAACCAAGACUGCGUCAUCAUGACGUACAGGGGGGAGUUCGAAAACACCAACUGCCUCGAUAUCUUCCACUUCAUUUGUUAUGAUGCCGCCGACAUUGAGCAGCAGUACGUGUACAUCAGUCUUCUGUUCACGUGGAGAGGAGCUCAGAGUUACUGUAGACAGUUUCACACAGAUCUGGCCAGCGUCAGGAACCCGGACGAGAACCUUCAGAUCAAGUGGCUCAUUCCCAAACUAGGGUUCGCUUACAUCGGCCUUUUCCAGGACUCUUUCAGCUGGACCGACAGAAGCGAGUCUGCCUUCAGAAACUGGGAUUUGUUUCAGCCAGAUUUGUUUGGAGAAUGUGUUGCAAUACAGGAGGACAAAUAUUGGAAGACUGAGCUCUGCGGGAAACUGAAGCCAUUUUUCUGCUAUCGCAGUGAGGUUGUGAUGAAGAGGCAGAUACUGAGACUGGAGGUGAAAUCUGCUCUGAACGUGAACGAUCCUGAUAUGAAGACGGCCAUCUUAGCCGAGAUCCAGCAGAGGCUGCAGACACUGGGAGUGAGGAACAUCACGGCACUGGAAUGGAGAGAAACAGUGGAUGGAUCGGUUUUCCAGAAGAACCGGAGUAGAACCGCUGCAGAUCCGAUGAAAGGGAAGAGAUGA